CCAUUAUCACUGUAUAUGCAGGUCACAGUCAUUCUCGAGAUAAUGACUAGGAAGUGUGGUUUUGCUGCUGUUCAGCUUGUUACCCCAGAAAAAGUACAGGGGUUUUCUUAAGACAGUUAUGGAGAAUUGGCGAAACAAAACCUCAAAUGAAGGCGGGAUAGAGAACAAGGAAGCUUCUGCAAAUCAGAAAGAUGUCAGGGGACGAGGAUACAAAAGGAGAUUGAAGAACAAAGAUGGUUCGCCAGGAGAAUAUGAAACUUCUCUUACUGCUGAUGGCAGAUUAGAAGGUUCUAAAAAGGAUGGUGAUUUGGCUGCAGGGAAAUUUUCUAAGAAACAAUCCAACGAAUCUGGAAAGAAAAGGAAGAGGACCUUUCACAAACUGAAAAGCGGGGAAAAGAGAAAGAUGGAACUAAAAGGUAGUAUGAGCAUGGAAACCUCAAUGAGAAAUCAUAAAGCAUCCAGAGCACGCAAUGGCAAUAAUGCUGCGUGGAAAAAACAGAAGAAAUAAGUAGGAAGUUUGAGGAUACCGGUUUUUCUUGCAAGGCAUCUUAAAGUUAUGAUGAUUUUGUUGAUCCUGGGCACCUCAAAAGUUGGGCAUUCGAGGACAAGUACACUUUCUUGGCUUCUGCAUAUUUGGCCCUUUCGGUUUUGGGGGAAAAGAAAGAUCUGAAUUCCACCUGGGUCUGCUUCACAGCCAUGGAUUAGAUUUGGAGGUCAUGGGUAUGAUAAGCUCGGUGUCCAAAUGUUUGGUGCGCCAUAAGGGGACAGAGAGGCUGUUCAAAGACACUGUACACUUUACCCCAAUUUUUUUUUUUUUAUCUUUUUGUAAAUGAGUGCAAGCUAUAUUUGACUCUUGUACAACCCUUGAAUUGCUUAAUCUUUAUUUUCAAUAUCAGUUGUAACUCAUUGCGU